AAUUAUAGUAAGUAUAUAAAUAACAGUUUUUUACGUGUGUGUAUGUGAGUUAGUUUACUCUCUAGGGUUUGUGUUUGAGGUAAAAGAUGCAGAGUGAAUCUCAAGAAACUAAGCCGCCAACAGCGCCGCCGCCAACAGAGGUGAGUGUAGCGGCGGCGCCACAGCAGCCAUGGGUGGCGAUGCAGUAUCCAGCGGCGGCGAUGGUAAUGCAGCAUCCAAUGAUGCCGGCGGCCCCACAUUAUGGGCCCCAUUACAUGCCUUAUCAUCCACAUCAUCACCACCAACACCACAACCACCAUAUCCUACACGCGCCGCACUCGCCGUCGCCACAUCAGCAACAACAACAAGGUGGAGGAGGAUCUAAUAAUACUGAGAAUAGAACGAUCUGGGUUGGUGACUUACAUAAUUGGAUGGAUGAGGAUUAUCUACGUAGCUGCUUUGCUUCCACUAACGAGGUUGCCUCCAUCAAGGUAAUUCGCAAUAAACAGACUGGUUUCUCUGAAGGAUAUGGUUUUGUGGAAUUCUUCACACAUGCAGCUGCAGAGAAAGUUCUGCUGACAUAUUCUAUCAUGACAAUGCCUAAUGUGGAACAACCUUUCCGUCUGAAUUGGGCUACAUUCAGCAUGGGUGACAAGCGAGCAAACAACGGUUCUGAUCUUUCCAUCUUUGUAGGAGAUUUAGCUGCAGAUGUUACUGAUACCUUACUGCAUGAAACUUUUGUGAAAAAAUAUCCUUCUGUUAAAGCUGCUAAAGUUGUCAUAGAUGCCAACACUGGUCGUUCAAAAGGAUAUGGUUUUGUAAGGUUUGGAGAUGAUAAUGAGAGGACUCAAGCUAUGACUGAAAUGAAUGGUGUGUAUUGUUCAAGCAGGCCUAUGCGAAUUGGUGCCGCCACACCACGGAAAUCAUCAGGAUACCAACAGCAAUAUUCUUCUCAAGGUGGAUACUCCAAUGGUGGACCAGCUCAAGGAUCACAACCUGAUGCAGAUUCUACAAAUACCACAAUUUUUGUUGGAGGUCUCGACCCCAAUGUCAGUGAUGAAGACCUUAGACAACCUUUUGCACAGUAUGGUGAAAUAGUUUCUGUAAAAAUACCAGUUGGGAAAGGGUGUGGGUUUGUGCAAUUCGCAAACAGGAAUGAUGCAGAGGAAGCCUUACAGAAGUUGAACGGAACGGUUAUUGGCAAGCAAACAGUGCGCCUUUCUUGGGGACGAAACCCUGCAAAUAAACAGUCAAGAUCUGAUUUUGGGAACCAGUGGACUGGGAGCCCAUACUAUGGUGGACAUUUCUAUGAUGGUUACGGGUAUGCAUUCCCACCACCACACGACCCAGGGAUGUAUGCUGCCGCCUAUGGGGCUUAUCCAGUGUAUGGUACUCACCAGCAACAAGUGAGCUGAAAGUCUGCCACUGAGUUCCACUGCUUGAAUAGUGAAUGUGCUUAAUCUAUUUGUUUCAAGCUCGGAAUGUAGAAUUUAAUCAAAAUCCCUCCAAAUGAGGAGUGGAACUGAAUUUUGACUUGAUGUGUUAGUCUCCUAGGGAUUCUAUUAAACAUUUAUUUAGAAGUUUGGACUUUAGACAUGAAACUUCUUUAAUGGAAUAAAUCAUCCUACUGUGGUACAUGUUGUGUACUUCAAAAAGCAAAA